ACUCGAAAUGUUCCUUGAACAGCGCUGUAAAAGCUAUACCUGGCAAAACGAAUAAGAGCUGGCCAUCUGUUCAGGCUUAGCUUAAAUCAUAUAAAGGCGCUACACAACCCUCUGCAAAGCUUUGUCACAAGGCAGCCGCGUACCGCACACCAUGGCUCUCUGUCCAGUCCUCCUGCUCGCAGUCCUGUGCUAUUCCGAAGCAAAUGUGCUAACAAGUCCAAAUGAGGUGGAAGUGAGUGAAACGGGCGUAUCCGCUGGGUCUUGCCAGGCCCUCGAGUACCUGCUGCUGUACAUUGGCAGACUGGAGAGCGACUUGGAAGAACUGAGGAACAGGACGGACCAGUGUUGUCCUGGACAAGACACGCAGGUAACGGUGGCUGGUCUGCAGACUGUGGUUUCGGAUCAGGCUGUGACCAUCCAGCAGCUGCAAACUAGGGUGAACCAACUUUCAGACACUUUGAACGGUGCCCGUGACUGUAUGGAACUGUUGGCGACUGGACACGAUACCAGCGGUGUGUACACCAUCUACCCUGAUGGAGGAGGGAAAAGUCCUGUUCACGUCUACUGUGACAUGGACACUGACGGGGGUGGAUGGACGCUAUUCCAAAAGCGCCAAGAUGGUUCGGUCAACUUCUACCAAGACUGGCAGGCGUACAAGACGGGGUUUGGUGACCUCAUAGGAGAGUUCUGGCUAGGUAAUGACCACCUGCACCGUCUGACGGCCCAGGAUGUGUACGAACUGAGGGUGGAUCUGGAGGACUUUGAGGGGAACACGGCCUACGCCAAGUACAACAUCUUCAGGGUGGAGGAUGAGGUGCACAAGUACAGGCUCACUGUGGACGGGUACUCUGGUACAGCAGGUGAUGGUAUGACCGCUCAUCAUGACAUGUUCUUUUCGACAUGGGACAGGGACAACGACAUUCACGACACGGACGACUGUGCCGAAACCUACAAAGGUGCAUGGUGGUACAGUAGCUGCCAUGAAUCGAACCUGAACGGCCAGUACCUGAUUGGGAGUCACCAGUCGUUCGCAGACGGUGUCAACUGGUAUCAUUGGAAGGGCCACCGCUAUUCCCUGAAAACCACUGAAAUGAAGAUAAGGCCUAACUAGGCCAAGCAAAUGUUCUCAAAGAAGGUUGAUCCAAAGUCCCUUCUAGAUCUCCAACAUACAUCAUAACAGAAGGUUAUUGAUGAGUAAAAUUGAAUCGACAGCAA